AUGACCUCACGCAUUGAAAAAACUAUUGCUCGGCAGCAAGAAAAAAUUGCCUCCGGUGCGUAUUAUGAAGCUCAUCAGCAGCUUCGCGUCAUCGCCGCUCGAUAUAUCAAGCAGUCCAACUAUGAUUCCGCAGCAGAGAUCUUGACUGGCGGGGCUAUUGCUCUACUACGAGCAGGCUCCCAGCAAGGUGCAUCUGCUAGCGGUGGGGAUUUGGCAAUCAUGCUGGUAGUGGAAGUCUACAAUAAAGCAGAGUGGGAGAUUUCUGGAGGCGAUGAUGACACGAAUGGUCGGGCACGAAAGAAGCGCCUGAUAGAAGUAUUGCGCGAAUUCCCUCCGGAAGAACCCACUCGGAAACGAUUUAUUCAGGAAAUGAUUGGUUGGAGUCAACGAUUUGGUCCCCUAGAACGGGGAGAUCCAGAACUACACCAUGCGGCCGGCUCUGUCUACGCAGAAGAUAACGAGCCCUAUGAAGCCGAGAAGCAUCUUAUUCUUGGAACCUCUGAGUCCGCAGAGACCUUGGCUAAGUUGGAGUACGAGUGGUACACAAACGACGAGCCUCACACCGCAGCUAUAUAUGCCUCACGUGCAGUGUUCCCCUAUCUAUUAACGGGAAACAUCCGCAGCGCCAACAAAGCAUUCCUGAUAUUCACAUCGCGUCUGUCGUCGAACACCUCGCUCGCUGUCCAGGACGUGAGCAGCUCUAGUUCGGAUAUGCGGGUGUAUCCUUCGUUGCCACUUUUGAACUUCAUAAGCAUGUUGCUCCUAACCAUUCAACGGGCCAGCCCCAACCUGUUUAAACAACUCACCACCCAUUAUGCUUCGCACAUUCGAGAGGUUGGCAUCUGGGACGACGCGCUUGCCCAAAUUGGCGAGCAGUACUUUGGCAUCAAGAUUCCGAGGCAAGGUAAUCCGUUACUGGACAUGAUGAGCAACAUGCUCUUCGGUGGAAAUCAAGAUGCUCCUGAUGCAAGGAAGCCAUUGCGAGCCUUGGGUGGCUCUCGGAAGCCCGAAGCCCCCCCAACGAACAUGGAACUGGAUUAA